GAUCUGUCAGUAAUUACACGAGUGUAUGUUGUGCACGACUUUGACUUCUUGCCAAACUUCAAUCCAAAGAUACUGAUGACAGCAUGCGGUCAUGUAGCCGGUGCUGCCUAUUUUUACCAACCACCUGUCAGCUUCAUUCGGCCAUAUGAAGCUAAAUCCAUGGGCGUAAGUUUACAUGCGAAAUAUGGCGGUCAUUUUGCAUACCGUGCUGUGGUUAUUUUUCCUGAAGUUCAUCUGCCAAACGAUUUCGAGGAAGAGAAGGCAAAGAAAGUGUUGAACACGACAAUGGAAGAAGCAGAAGUAGUCGAGCUAUUCAACAAAGACUGGCAAGAUGGGCGAUAUCGCGACUGUGGCGGUCCAGUAGAACGUUAUAGUCCAACUCAGUUACAAUAUUUCAGUGAAUCACCACCGAAACGUUGGUCACUUAUUGCGCACUGGUUUACUGAAGAUGUAGUCAUGUGGGUUAAACAUAUCAUAUAUUUCGUGAAAAAGGUUUGUGAUGUGUUCAUAUAG